AUAUAGAUCAUUGGAGCGCAAUGAAGUAGCCUUUGGAGAGGAGGGAGGGGGCCGGUCCGAUACCCACAGCGGACAGCGCGAGGCAGAGGCAGCGGCGGCGGCGGUAGCACCACCACCGCUCGCACCCCAGCCUCUCCGACCGCGAGGAGGCAGCGGCGGCCGCGGGAGGGAUCGGAGGAGGCGGCGGAGGAGGAGCAGGAGCGCGCAGCCCGCGGCUCCACGCAUCUCGGCACUUCCAGAGCAACUCCAGCGCCUUGCACACCCCUACCCGGGGCUUAGGGUCUGAGAGCGGCCGCGAAGCGAGCCAGCCUAUCUCAGCGCCCUGCCCCGUACUACCCAGCACCUCCUGGACUCGGGUCCGCGCGGCGGGGUCUUCGCUCCAGCGCUCCGGGAGCGUCUCCCGGACACCUCGGCCCCGGCUGCCAGGACAAAGCCAUGAAGCCGGCGCUGCUGGAAGUGAUGAGGAUGAACAGAAUUUGCCGGAUGGUGCUGGCCACUUGCUUGGGAUCCUUUAUCCUGGUCAUCUUCUAUUUCCAAAGUAUGUUGCACCCAGUCAUGCGGAGGAAUCCCUUCGGCGUGGACAUCUGUUGCCGGAAGGGGUCCCGAAGCCCCCUGCAGGAACUCUACAACCCGACCCAGCUGGAGCUCUCCAACACCGCUAUUUUGCACCAGAUGAGACGGGAUCAGGUCACUGACACGUGCCGAGCCAACAGUGCCAUGAGCCGCAAGCGCCGGGUGCUGACCCCCAACGACCUGAAGCAUUUGGUGGUGGAUGAGGACCACGAGCUCAUCUACUGCUACGUGCCCAAGGUGGCGUGUACCAACUGGAAGCGGCUCAUGAUGGUGCUGACAGGUCGAGGCAAGUACAGCGACCCCAUGGAGAUCCCAGCCAACGAGGCCCACGUCUCCGCCAACCUGAAGACCCUGAACCAAUACAGCAUCCCAGAGAUCAACCACCGUUUGAAAAGCUACAUGAAGUUCCUGUUUGUCCGCGAGCCCUUUGAGAGGCUGGUGUCGGCCUACCGCAAUAAGUUCACCCAGAAGUACAACACCUCCUUCCACAAACGCUACGGCACCAAGAUCAUCAAGCGCCAGCGCAAGAAUGCCACCCAGGAGGCCCUGCGCAAAGGGGAUGAUGUCAAGUUUGAGGAGUUUGUGGCCUAUCUCAUCGAUCCGCACACCCAACGGGAGGAGCCGUUCAACGAACACUGGCAAACCGUCUACUCUCUCUGCCACCCUUGCCACAUCCAUUACGACCUCGUGGGCAAGUACGAGACGCUGGAAGAAGAUUCGAAUUACGUCCUGCAAUUGGCAGGAGUGAGCAGCUACCUGAAGUUCCCCACCUAUGCAAAGUCUACGAGAACUACUGAUGAAGUGACCACAGAAUUCUUCCAGAACAUCAGCUCGGAGCACCAAACACAGCUGUACGAAGUCUACAAACUCGAUUUUUUAAUGUUCAAUUACUCAGUGCCAAGCUACCUGAAAUUGGAAUAAUUGGGGGGAGUGAAGGGGAAGAGGGAGAGAAUCAUGCUUUUUAAUUUAAGAUUUUUAUUUGUCAAAAGAAAAUAUAUGGAUAUUGGGUUAUUUUGUAAAUUAAUAUUUUCUUUGGAGAUGAUGCUGCGAGCAGCAGAGUGGGAAUUAUUUAAAAUCCUUAGUAGGGAAGGAUAGAUGUCUUUGCGGGGAAAUAAGAUGCGUGUUCUUGUUUUUGGAAGUGAAUACUGCAACACUGUCUCAACAGUUUCCUUGUGUUCUAGUGAAUUCCAUGAUUUGUGAAUUCCAUAAAUUCUAAUUAAUAUUAUUUAUAGUUAUU